UUUCAAGUUUAAAAUUCACCGGAAAUAAAAAUGAAUACUCUCACUCUUCUGGCACUCCUCUUCUCCGUCGUAAUUCCAGCACCGCUCUACCUCUCCUCUUCCGUCUCACCAGUCGAACCUUACCGUUAUCGUUAUCUCAAACCACUUCGCCGUCAAUGCUCACCUCAAGAGUACAUCGAGCUGGCUCACCCUCUCCCACCUUCUGAUUACGUGACACCCUCGUGCACUCGUACUAUAGUCAACCACUUCUUCGCUGACACCAUCAACAAACCUCCCUUCACCGUACCUUACUCUCCACCGUCCGGUUGUCCCCAACCCUGGUCCCACAUCAUCCUCGAGUUUCAUGCCAAAAUCAAAGGCGAACAGUAUGAUCGCAUUGCCGGCCUGUGGCUUGGCGGCGUUGAGCUUCUGCGUACAAGCACAGCCGAGCCAACCGAGUGUGGUAUUUUCUGGAAGGUCCGUAAAGACAUUACGAGGUACUCUUGUCUCCUUACACAAUCGAAUAUCAACGUUACAAUGAUGUUAGAAAAUAUCGUCAACGAUGUGUUUACCGGCGUUUACCAUGUUAAGGUCAAUCUCUUAUUUUUUAAAGAUAAAGAUGUUACUGGUAGGGUUCCGUCUAUUCUUUCCCAAAACAAUUUCAAUUCACAAGUUGGGUUUGAAUCUGAUAAAUACUAUUAUCCACCGGCUGAUUUGAUCUUGCCGAUAUCAAAUAAUGAUGGUGAAAAAGAAGGAUUUUGGUUUCGAGUUGAAAGUGAAUCAGAUAUAAAUUUCAAGAAAAUUAAUUUCCCACGCAAUGCUUAUAGAGUCAUCCUGGAGUUGUAUGUUUCUUUUCAUGGAAAUGACGAGUUUUGGUACUUGAAUCCACCGAAUUCUUACAUAGAAAAGAAUAAUUUAAGUACUAGUCGUGGUAAUGGAUUUUAUAGAGAGGUUUUGGUGACAAUUGAUGGGAAAUUAGUUGCAUCAGAAAUUCCAUUUCCGGUUAUAUUUACCGGCGGUAUUAAUCCUCUGUUCUGGGAGCCUGUUGUUGCAAUUGGGGCUUUUAAUUUGCCAUCUUACGAUCUCGAUUUGACUCCAUUUUUGGGUGUGGUUUUGGAUGGGAAAGAACAUAAGAUUGGUAUUAAAGUUAAAGACGCUAUUUCAUAUUGGCUUGUAAAUGCGAAUUUGCAUGUCUGGUUAGAUAGCGAGUUGUCUGAAGUUAUUGCAAAAUCAUGUGAGUAUCGCUAUCCAAAUCUUACUCGUCGUGCUAAUGAAGCUUUCAGAUUCCUUGAUGGGCGAUUAUAUGUCAAAGGGAGGAGGAGGACUGCGUAUGAAGGGUGGGUUAAGUCAAGUCUAGGUAAUUUGACUACCAGAGUUAUGAGGCAGUUCAGAUUCAGGGGCUUCUUAAGGUUUGACAAGAAUGGUACUCAUAAGUUGGUUCAACAAAGGCUUAAGGUUAAGAGACAAGUGGAGGUGACAAACGAGAGAGGUUUUUUGGUUACUUAUGUGAUAAUUAAUAGGAGGUAUCCUCUUAAUGUGAAAACUAUUACUUCACCUGGAUCAGAGAAGGAUCAGUAUGUGCUUGAAACAGAUGUGAGCCAUUUCUUUAGGGAGCAAUGUUUAAUUGGUAAGACUCGAAGUACUGUUUAUAAUACUCAGAUUUCUUGGGGAUGGAUGGAGGUUAAGGAUCAUUCUGUGCUCUCUGGUGAAGCAAAUACUGAGCAAAGUUAUAACUACAGAGAUGAAUUUGGUUGUUACUCUCGCAGUGUUGCAGUUAGCAAUGGCAGUCUCAUAAGUGACAAACCAACUCCUUGUAUAUCCACCUUCUAGUUUUAAUCAAUGACUUAGCCACUACAAAUCUAAGACUCGUUUUUGAAUUACAUCUAUAUAUGCUGGUAAAAGUUCCGGAGAGUAGAACAUGGACAAGCGGUACUGCUGAAGCUAGAAGCAGAGGUUUAGAGUGUCCUACGGCACAAUUGGACUACCAUGAUCAAUAUGGCUUGACAACCCAUUCUUGCAGCAGCUAUGAAAGGGCCAAAGUAUGCAGUAUGGAUGCUGAUAGUAUUUGGGGAGUAUUACAGGGGCUCUACACCAUUUGGCCGAGAAGGUUAGGAGACUGGAGGUUUUAUUUGACAAUGGAACCAAUUUCUGUGCUUAAGGAAGAAGUGUUCUACUUCUACACCUCUUUACAUAGCACACAACCUAUGAGCUGUACUGGUAUGUUGUUGCUGAUAAUUUUCAGGAAGGUUCCUCCUCUAUACCUUCCUUAUUUUUCGUAUGUGUUAAGAAAACCAUGAGAAUGACUGAGUACUGGAUACGGUCUGAUCCUAUUUAAUGUGAAUACCUUGCUGCCUUAUUUUACUCUUUCUGACAUUAAUUGUAAGUCUGGAAGUGAAUUGCUUUAAUUUGAACUUUAGUUGAGAGUACAUGAAUAUGUUCACAUCUGUAUUUUAUAGAAAACACUUCAUCGAAACUUUUUUGUGGGAAACAUCUGAUAAUUGUAAGUUUCUUUUUUUGUUUU